AUGCCAUCGCACGAAGCCGAAGUCACUGCCCCAUCGAAACGCCACAAGGCAGCCGCCACGUCCUUGACAGACUUGUGGUUCGAGUGGUACGCUCGAGACCCCCCCAUGUGGCAGGUAGGCGCAGACCGCAAGAAGAAAUCCGAGGCGAAGUUGGUCGUUGGCUUCAUGAAGCUUCUCCUCCACGAUGGUCUUGAGUUGGAUCCCAAUGCACCAUCCUAUCGCGACGAUGUCUUGCGCUUCGGAUCGCUCGCCGACCAACGCGUCUUGAGUUUCGUACACGACAUUGCGCCAAAUGUUCGCAGCAGUGGGUCGGUACUGCGUGUCCUGCGUGAGCAACACCGCAUCGGGGCACUCAAUACAAUCAUUGGGUUGUUCAAUGCAAAAGUCGCAAAAGGUGGAAUCAAAGACCGACUCCAAUUCAACAUAUAG